AUGUCGAACCCAAAUGACUACACCAUUCUCUGGAUUUGUGCACUCACUACAGAAUAUGUUGCCGCACAGACUUUCCUCGAUGAAGAACGUCCAAAUCCUGAGGCGGGUACAAUCCCAAUCAGCGACACAAACGCCUAUACGUUGGGCAGUAUUUCUGGUCAUAGAGUAGUGCUGGCAGUGCUUCCCAAAGGCGAAUAUGGUGUCGGCUCUGCUGCCAGUGUCAUCACCAAUAUCCUUCGAUCGUUCUCCAUGAUCAGAAUUGGUCUAAUGGUUGGCAUCGGCGGUGGCGCGCCGACAAAAGCAAACGACAUACGCUUGGGCGAUGUCGUCGUCAGCUCGCCCAAAGACGGCCGUGGCGGAGUAUACCACUACGACUUGGGCAAGGAAAAUCAAGACACUGGAUUCAGACAAACUGGCUUCCUAGAUCAACCUUCAACCGUGGUCCGCACUGCAGUCUCUGCGCUCGAAUCAAAGCAUAUUCGCAAAGGACAUAACAUCAUCGAGAACAUCGAGAAUGCUCUGAAAGAGAACCCGCGCCUUAAGAGAAAAGGUUAUGCUUGUCCAGCUCCAGAGAGCGACAGACUAUACAAAGCCGAUGUAGUACACUCUGUGUCUGAGGAAAGUUGUGACGCAUGUUGCGGGACUGAGACUGUCAAAUUGGUAACGCGUAGGCCAAGAGACGACAAGGACGAUAAUCCUGCUAUUCAUUAUGGACUCAUAGCUUCGGGAAACAGGGUCAUCAAGGAUGCCAAAUUAAGAGACAGGCUCGCGCAAGAGGAGGGUAUGCUAUGUUUCGAGAUGGAGGCUGCUGGGAUUAUGAACCGUUUUCCUUGCUUAGUGGUUCGUGGCAUCUGCGACUACAGCGAUUCACACAAAAACAAGCAAUGGCAAGGUUAUGCCGCAAUGACUGCAGCCGCAUACGUCAAAGAGCUUCUGAUGGAGAUUCCUUCCAAAGGGCUCGAACGAGAGGAACGACUUGCAGUUGCCAUUGAACGACGUGAGUGA